AUGAGUCUUCAAAAUUUAAAUGAUAAGUAACAGCUAAUUUAAGAUGAUGAAUAAAUGUAAAAAGAAGAAUAAAACUAGCAAUUUAAUUAGAAGAUUGUAAAUAUAGAUUAAGGGAGAGAAGGGAUUGAUUAUGAAAAUAUUUAUAACCCAAAAAUUGAAGAAGGUAAUUAAGAGCAAGCUGAAAUAGAAAUAAAUCUUGAAGAGGAAUAAGAUGAUAAAUAAUAUCCCUUUAUGUGUUUAUCAGAGGUAGUUAAAAUGACCAGAAAUAUCAAAAAGAACAAAAAAAUAGUUUUUGAUGUUACUGAUACUAUUUAUAAGGUUAUUAAGAAUUAAGGAAGUGUUACUAUGGGGUGGACUACAAUAACUAGUCCUCCUUAAAACAGAGAAGAAUGGAACAUAUGUUGGUAUGAUACUUACAUUUCAGAGGAAGUGCUAAGAAGAAUGUUGCCUUAUCAAAAAAUAAACCACUUUCCAGGGAGUCAUAAUUUGGGUAAAAAGAAUUACCUUGCUGCGAAUCUCACAAGAAUGAGAAAGGUAUUAGAAAACGAAUAUUCAUUCUUUCCUAAAACAUGGACUUUGCCUCUAUAGUUUGAGGAUUUCAAAAGGUAUAAUGAGAAUAUUAAAACUAAGAAACCUUACUAUAUAGUGAAACCUGAAAGCUCCUGCUAAGGUAGAGGAAUUUAUUUAACCAAAAAAGUAGAGAAUUUUUCAUAUAAUGAUCAUUGUGUGAUAUAGGAGUAUAUAAAAAACCCAUUUCUCAUAGAUGGCCUUAAAUUUGACUUUCGUAUUUAUGUCUUAAUUAAGAACAUAAAUCCACUUAAAAUAUUUAUGUAUCCUGAAGGCUUAGCAAGAUUUGCUACAGUAAAGUAUUAAAAGCCUAACAAAAAAAAUUGCCAAAAUUUUACUAUGCAUCUUACUAAUUAUGCAGUCAAUAAAAAAAACCCAAAUUUUAUAUUCAACGAAAAUGAUUAAAAUGAUGAUGUAGGCCACAAAAGAAGCUUUUCAUCUGUCCUCAAGUAAUUGCAUAAUAUGGGAAAAGAUAUUCCUAAAUUGUAUAUGGAGAUAAGGCAACUUAUAGUAAAAACUGUAAUAAGUGUUUAACCAUAACUUUCACAUAUUUAUAGAUCAAGCUAGCCCAAAGAAUACUAAAAUGAAAUGUGUUUUGAAGUUUUAGGAUUUGAUGUUAUGAUAGAUAAAGAGCUAAAGCCUUGGCUGCUAGAAGUAAAUCACUCAGCUUCAUUCCAUUGUGAUUCACCAUUAGAUUUUUCUAUUAAAAAAAAUGUUAUCCUUGAUACGUUGAAUAUUCUAAACGUUUCUUCAAAGGAGAAAAAAAAAUAUUUAGACAUUAAAAGCUAAGCUUAGUUUGCUUACAGAAAAAAAGAUCAAAAGGCUUCAGCUGAAACAGAAAAUAACAAAGUAGAUUAAGAAAAGAUAAUAAAAUAUGAGAAUAAACAUAAAGGAGCAUUUAUAAGAAUAUACCCAGCAGAAGAUGAUCCAGCUGAUUAUGAUAAAUUACUGAAAACUGCAAGCAAUCUUUGGAAUGAAACAGUAUCUCCUAAAAAAGUAAAUCCUGCUGUUGCUGCUUAAAAUAAUCAUAAUUCUUAAUCAAGUAGCUCUACUCAAAAAAAUGGUGAUCCAAAAAAUACUAAAAGUACACCAUUUAAAAAACCUGUAAGCCAAGAUUCACACUCAGUGUUAAACUCUACUCAAGUAAGUCAGGCUAAGUCAGAAUAAAAAACAAAAGCUCCAAACUCAACUAAAAAAAAUCUUUCCUAAGUUUUUGAUGAUUAAAGAGAUAAAACUCAAGAAUCAUUUUUAAAUUUUCUCCCAAAUUUAUCCAACAAAGGAACAGAAAAUUAAAACACUGGAGGCACUACAUUAAGGUAGAAGCAGGGAGCAACAUUUUUGGAGAACAAUCCAAUUAGUAUUAUCCCUAGUUUAAGUUAAGUUUAUCUAAGAAAUGAUGCUAAUAAAUAAGUUGAAAGUUAAAUGAUUAUGAAUAAUUUUGACGAUGAAAAUUGUUAACUUUCAAAUGAAAAAGAUUAACAAGAAGAUAUUCUAUCAAAUAUAGUUGGCAAAAAAAGAUCUAUGACUUAAAUUGAGUCUCAUGCUAAGAUGACAUAGGAUUCUUCUAAACAAUAUCUUAUUCACAACUAAUCAUUUUAAUACCCAUUGACUCAAUAACACUCAUCUAAUAAGCUCAAUUAAUCUCCUCAUCUUUAAGAUCAAUACAAGGCUUCAGUGCUAGGAAAUAUUGUUGGAAAAGGUUUAAUAUAUCAAGAUAAUCCUAAUUUAGUAUAAAUCCCAUAAUAAUAAAAUUAAAUUAACUAAAAUAAUAAUAACUUGAAUCCUACAGUUUAAUAUUCAAGGAACAAUCACUUUAAUUAGAAAAAUUUGGACAACUUCAAUGAAGAUGCUAUUUAGCUAAAGCAUAGUAAAUUUAACAACUUUAAUUUAGACUAAAUUUAAAAUUCUGCUUUGUAAUACAAUCCUUUCUUGGCUAUGUAAUAGCCUUAAUCCUUAGAAAACUAAAGAAAGUUGAAUAUUGUUAAUUUAGGAAUGAGUUCUCCUGAAUAAAUUAUAAAUGAGUCUUGGUAUUCUCAAACUUAGAAACCAGCCUAUUUGCGAAACUCAACAAGAAAACCUUACAAAGCCUAACUGAAACCUUUAUCGCAAGACUUACAAAAUAUGAUGCAAAGAGAAAAUAGAAGCAACAAUGGAAAUAAACUGUCUAAUAUUGCAAAUGAUUCUGUAAUAUAAGCCGGAACCUAGCCAAAGUACUUGGGUGGAAGAAAAAACAACAUAGCUGCAAACAUAAUUUAAAAAUAUCCUCACUAUUCACACUAACAAAAUCUAGAAAGUUAAAAAUAAGUAGAUUAUACAGCAGCCGAAUAAAUAAUUUAAAGGACUAAAAAUAAUUCUAUGCCUUCAAAAAAUUAUAGGUAAGAGUUGCAUUAACCAUCCUUUUUGACUAACUAAAAUAUUAAUAAUAAUAACAAUAAUAUUAUUGUGUCUCCAUUUUAAAUAAACAUACAAAAUAAUUAAUAAUCAAAUAAUCAAAUAAAUAAUAACACCAUAUUCAGCAAUAUAAAUAGUAAUAAUAACAACAAUAAUAAUAAUGUAAACAUAAAUACUUUAAAUACAUAAAUUUCUUUCAAUUACAACAAUAAUAAUAGUAAUAACAUUUCUAACUAUUCAAAUGGAAAGAACAUCAUUUAAUAAGAAGUAUAAAUGUCCUACUCAAAAAGAAGAAUAUUAAAAAAGAGCAUAGAUAGAAAGCACGUAAAAGAUAUGAUUAUGAAUGAGAGUAUAGCUGGUAAUUAUAAAGCAGAUUAGUUUUCUAAGCACUCAAUUAAACCUGAUUAAGUUAUGAUUCCAAGCUAUACUUAAAUAAGGAAUAAGACAACAGAUUCAAUUGAUAAUUUUACAAAUUAAAAUAAUUAUUCCUAUAAUAUUGAAUCUUAGACAAUAGGUGGAUUAAAUCAUAGCAAUUAAAAUCAAACUGCUUAAAUAAUUAGCUAAAAUAAUACUCCAAUCUUGCAAGCUAUAUCACCAUAAGGUAAAAAUAUUGAUUAAUAGAAUAUAAUGGCCUUAAAAAAUCAAGAAUAACCUCUUAUAAUUACAUCUAACAUGAACAGUUAUUAAGGAAACUUGUAGAAUAAAAACACUUCUAAUAAUUUUAACAAUAUUUUACUUUAUGGUAAUGCCUAAUAAAUUAACUCAAACAAUCUAAACGAUAAUAAAAUUUACUAAAAAAACUAAUUUAUAGUUCAACAAAAUAAGCUUCUUUAAAUAAAAAAAUGA